CGUUUUGAAGCAGCUCAAGUAAAACUUAACACUUUUACUGAAGACCCGGGAAAUUCUGCUAAACUCAAAAUAUACGGGCUUUUUAAACAGGCUAACGUAGGACCAUGCAACAUUCCAAAGCCGGGCGGGUUCAACUUCGUAGCGAAAGCAAAGUACGACGUCUGGAAGGGUUUAGGAGAUAUGACUCAGGAUCAAGCUAAAGAAGAAUACAUUGCAUUUGUAGCAGAGCUGGCGGGAGCGGAAGGAGAAAAAUGAUCUUAAAAUAUUAUAAAAACGAUUAACAAAUUUGAUUAUAUACUGUAGCUGUGGGACGGUUAGUGGUUACUUAAUGCUACAUCCAGAUGAACCUUAUAUUAUUCAGUUCAAUCAAUUUGAUAAACUAAAAUACAUAUCCUGUAGCCUACUUAUACUUGAUUACAUGAGAAUUGGUAUUAUGGUUUAUAUUGGUAUAUGUUUGAUACGGUGAAUUGUUUUAAUACGUUCUAAUAUUAGGAUAAUUUGUACCCUUUUUAGGCAGUCAAGAUAUUUAUUGAUUAAUCGAGACAGAGAAUUUAUUUUAUAUGCUAUAUUAUGCGAAUAUUUGUGUUAUAAUUUCAGAUGAGAUUUGGUUUCCUAAAAAGGUUUUGAUUUUUGAUUUUUUAAUUGUAAUUUAAUCUAUGUUCUGUCAUUUUGAUUUAUUUGAUUUUAAAAAAUUUAUAAAUAAGUUGUUUUAAUAGCAGUACUUUGAACGUGGAAACUUGUUUCGCAACUCAUCUGAAGACUGAAGUAUCUUGAUUUAUGAACUAAGAAAGCGAUUGAAUCGAAUGAGAUGGGAUUGAUUUAAAUGUUCACCAUUUGGUGUUAGUAUCACAGUACAAAUUUCAUCCAAUAUUCGCAUCUAAUAGCAGUAAAAUGUUAUUGUCAUUGUCACGUAGUUUCGUGAAUCCAGCUAGGUUGAGAGGUAUCAGAUGUUUCAGUGACAUAGGCUCUCGUUUUGAAGCAGCUCAAGUAAAACUUAACACUCUUACUGAAGACCCGGGAAAUUCUGCUAAACUCAAAAUAUACGGGCUUUUUAAACAGGCUAACGUAGGACCAUGCAACAUUCCAAAGCCGGGAGGGUUCAACUUCGUAGCGAAAGCAAAGUACGACGUCUGGAAGGGUUUAGGAGAUAUGACUCAGGAUCAAGCUAAAGAAGAAUACAUAGCAUUUGUAGCAGAGCUGGCUGGGUCAGAGGAACCAGCACCAGCUGCAGCACCAGCAGGCACUGUUGCAGGGUUAGAUGUAACCACUGAGGAGGGUGUUUUGACAAUAAGACUCAAUAGACCCGAUAAGCUCAACGCUCUGACCGGACCGAUGUAUACAGCAAUAGGAGACGUUUUGAACGCUGUAGCUGAGGACCCUUCCAUUAAAGUUGCUGUUCUUACUGGUACUGGAAAGUGGUACAGUUCUGGAAAUGAUCUCAGCAAUUUUACUAAGAAUAUGCCUCCUGGAGGACCCCAGGAGAUGGCCUCGACUUCACAGAAAAUUUUGAUAGACUGCUGUAAUGCGAUAAUAAAGUUCCCAAAACCUCUGAUAGCAGCAGUGAAUGGAUCAGCCUUCGGAUUACCCGUGACCGCACUUGGACUAUGUGAUUUAGUGUAUUGCACUGACAAUGCUACUUUUAAAACUCCCUUCGUCAGUCUCGGACAGUCGCCUGAAGGUUGCUCCAGCUUUACAUUCCCCAGGAUUCUCGGCUUUGCUAAGGCUAACGAGAUGUUAUUAACGGAGAGACAGAUCACAGCACAGGAAGCAUGUGAUGGUGGUUUGGUGACCAGGAUCUUCUCUGAGGAUAGAUUUAGAGACGAGGUGGACAAGGUUGUCAAACACAUGGCAUCCCUUCCUCCACAGUCGAUGAGAAUAAGUAAAGGUCUAAUUCGUCACGAGCUUAACGAGAAACUCUUGGAAGUCAAUGCUCGAGAAUGCGAGAUACUUCGCGAACGCUGGGUGUCAGACGAAUGUAUGACGGCCAUAAUGAAAUUCCUCAACAGAAACAAAUAAAGCGAAAUUUAGAAAUGUUUCUCUUUUAUGUGCCAUCUUUACAGCAAGAUACUUCAGAUUUUUGUGAUUUUUUACAUUCGGAUGAUUGGCCGGGAAUUUAUGUUUAUAUAAUAUAUCAUGCAGGCUGCAUGAAUAUUGAAUAUGACGCAGCUAUAAUCUUCAAUGCAAUUAUCAGUUAAUGAUUUCAUGAUUUUAUGUUUUAAGAUUUAUAUUAAUUUUUAUUGUAAUAUGGGGCUGUACAUUUUUCUGUCAUUUUUGAUUUGUUCAAUUUUAUAUCAAUUAAGAUUUUUG